AUGGCCUCCGCACGCUCUUUGAUGCGCCUGGGUUCUGGACGCUCUGUGGCAUCCGCCACGAGGUCCAUGGCCGCCCGCACCUUUUCCUCAGCCUCCCUUCAGCGCAGCGCCCGCCCUCGGGACCCCUACGUGCCCCCCGUGGUCAACCCUACCGACAAGUACCAGCCCAUGGCCGAGAGCCUGCACGCCUAUGGGCAGUACGUUAUGUCCUGCCUGCCCAAAUAUAUCCAGCAGUUCACCGUCUGGAAGGAUGAGCUCACCGUUUACACCGCUCCCGCCGGUGUUGUUCCCGUGAUGAGCUUCCUCAAGAACCACACUGCCGCCGAGUUCACCCAGGUCUCCGAUAUCACGGGUGUCGACUUCCCCACCCGCGACCAGCGUUUUGAAGUUGUCUACAAUCUGCUCAGUGUUCGUCACAACUCCCGUAUCCGUGUUAAGACCUACGCGGAUGAGGCCACCCCCGUGCCCAGUGUGACUGGUCUCUUCGAGGGUGCUCUGUGGUACGAGCGUGAGGUGUACGACAUGUUCGGUGUGUUCUUCUCUGGACACCCUGAUCUGCGCCGCAUCAUGACCGAUUACGGCUUCGACGGCCACCCACUGCGCAAGGACUUCCCCUUGACCGGUUAUACUGAGCUGCGCUACGACGAAGAGAAGAAGCGCAUCGUUAUUGAGCCCCUUGAGCUCACCCAGGCGUUCCGCAACUUCGAGAGCGGCUCUACUGCUUGGGAGCCCGUGGGUGCGGGUCAAGACCGCACUCCCGAGUCCUUCAAGCUUCCGACCCCCAAGCCGGAGGAGAAGGAGGAAGAAAAGAAAUAG